GUUUGGGCACACCUGGGCACCGCGCCGAACCCCGCCCCCCUGCUGGUGGCCCCGCCCCUCGUCACCUUGGGCCACGCGCAGGCUCCGCCCCCCAGCGCCGGCCCCGCCCCCUUGGUGACGACGCAGGGGGCGGGGCUGAACCUGGGGCUGGGGUUGGCGCUGGCCCCGCCCCGGGCCACGCCCACGCUGCUGGCUCCGCCCCCCGGAGGGCCCGCGCAUGCUCUCCCCGCCGCCUCCUUGGCCACGCCCACUCCCACAGGAGGCCCCGCCCCCGCGGCCACGCCCACGCCAAAUAUGGGCAAGGGGGCGGGGCCGGCGCCCGCCCCGCCUGUGGCCGCCUUCGCGCUGCCCCAGCGGCUCCUGCUGGCCCCGGACAUGCAGGCCCGGCUGCCCU